AUGUCGACGUCCUUCUCUCUUCCUCAACGGCAACCCGAGGGCAAAAAGAGACAGCGGGUCUCCAUCGCCUGCCUCGCGUGCCGGCAGAGACGUAUGCGAUGCGACGGACAGCAGCCCAUCUGCGGUUCUUGUACGAGGAGGGGCACAGAGUGUGAGUUCCAGCAUGCGGAAAAUAAACGCCGGUAUGUCGUGAACCAGACCUUUCCCUUCCCCUUCCUGUCCUCUCCCCUUCAACCCUUUCCAACCCACCUCUCCACUCCCCACGAGCCACGGACGUGUGUUGUCAUCCCCAGACCGCCCAGUAAGAAAUAUGUAGAAUCCCUGCAGGCCCGGAUCAAACACCUAGAAGCCCAAGUCGUCGCCCUAGGCUCCCAGCCGGCAUCCGGCUCCGGCUCCCUCGCCGCCGAAAUCACCGAGAACAAUGACCAACAGCCCGGCAGCACCGGCGAGGACGAUGAUGACGACGACGACGACGACGGCGACGGCCAAGGCGGUCCCCUUUCGGACCUCACCGGCCUCGUUGGCCGCCUCAACGUCACCGACGACGGCCAGCUGCACUACUUUGGAUCCCAGUCGUCCUACAACCUCGUCCGCGAACCCGCGCGGGACUCAACGUGCGACCCUCGCGAGCCCUCGCUCAAGAUGCAAAGACAAGGCCUCCUCGCCGCCGCCCAGCUCGGCAAGAUGGUCACAGUCCCCGACGAGCUCCAGGCCCACCUGCUCGAGCUCUACUGGCGCUGGCAGAACCCCUGGAACUACGUCAUCCACAAGAGCGCUUUCUUGCGGAGCUACCGUGGCGAGGAUGACGGCAAGUACUGCUCGCCGCUGCUGCUUUGCUCCAUCUUUGCCAUUGCGGCGCGCUACUCUGAUCGUCCCGAGCUGCGGACCGUGCCGGAUGAUCCUAGCACUGCUGGAGAUGCGUUUGGCGAGCACGCCAAGAUUUUGCUGUUGUAUGAGAGCGAGGCGCCGACGAUUACGACGGUGCAGGCUGCGUGUCUUCUUGCCCUGAGGAUCAUGUCGGAUGGGAAGGAGGCUUUGGGCUGGCUUUACUCUGGAAACGCAACAAGGAUGGCGCAUAACCUUGGGCUUCACCUCGAUUGUUCUAAAUGGGGCACUGCCGGUCUGCUCUCGGAAGAGGAUGCCGAAGCACGGAAAGUGACGUGGUGGGGGUGCUAUGUGGUCGAUAAGCUAUUUUCUACCGGGCUGGGGCGGCCAAGCAGCACACCAAAGUCCACCAUCUCUUGCCCCAAACCCAGCAUAGACAGCAACGAAGAGUAUACCCCAUGGCUGCCGACGUCAGACGCGCUGGGGUCCGACAAAUCUCUUGGAGUUCAUUCACACAUCUCCUCGACGGCGUGCCAUGUUUCUGAGACGUUUACCAUUGCAUGUGAAUCAAUGGACAUAAUUUACGCCGCCAAUAGCAAACUGUCGACACGAGAGAUCGAGGACGUCGUCAGCAAAACAGACGUGGAAUUGCGGACGCACUAUAGGCAGCUUCCGAGCUACCUCCGGCUACCAGCCUCACCCAAAACGCCGAUGCUCCCUCACGUCUGUCUGUUUCACAUCCAAUUUCACGCACACCUGAUUCUUUUACAUCGGCCGCUCGUCCACAAGCGAAAAAGGCGGCCCGUCAGCGUCAACACGCCGACGGAUGACAGCAGUAUCGAGGGGGUCGGGUAUGAAAAUCAGCACAUGGUAACGUGCCGCCACUCGGCGGCCGAGAUUGCAAGGUUGCUGCGCAUCUAUAAGCAGCAAUACACUCUCCGCCGCAUACCCAUAGCGGCAGUCCACCUCUGCUUCGCGGCCGUGGUGAUUCACCUCAUCGACGCCCAACCAUCGAGCCCCAACCGGCAGCAGGCGAUCCGGCACCUGCAGACGUGCGUCGAGGCGCUGCGGGAUUUGCGAACGGCGUGGUGCGCAUGGAGCGACAGGGCCCUGCGAGCGGCGCGGCUCUUGGCGAGGGAGUGGUACCAGUGUGAAGAUGUCUCACUGCUGCAGCACUGGGGUGGAAUCGGCGGGGUCGAGGGCAAUAGGUCUGGACCAGCGGCAGCAGCAAAAACAGCAGCAACACUAGCAACACCAGCAGCAGCGGGAGUUGCCGUCGGGAUCUCAACCAACCAACAACAACAAAAUCAACACCAACAACAGCAACACGGUGGUGGCACGACGGUUGCCGACAGAGUGAUGUGCCAAAGGCAGACGGUGGACGGUGAUGCGAAGGUAGACCCGCUGGCGUUUCUUUUUGACGUGGCCACGCCCGAUCAGUACACGGAUAGUCUGGUCAAGGAAUGGCUGGCGGAGAGCGGGUAUGAUGUGUUGAACACAGUCGUCGAGUGA